AUGUGCUCUGGAGGCUUUGCGAGGUGUCUGGGGAUCAGUCUGAUGCCCCUGGUUGUAGGGUGUGUUCUGUGCAACAUCCUUCUCUUCUUUCCUGGUGGGAACGUUGUGGAUAGUGAAAACAUCACAAAACAAGUCUGGUACUUUGGAGGAAUUUUGGGAUCUGGGGUUUUGGUGAUUUUCCCGGCCCUGGUCUUCCUGUGUCAGAAGAACAAUGACUGCUUCGGUUGCUGUGGCAGAGAAAGCUGUGGGAGGAGAUUUACGAUGCUGAGUUCCAUACUGUUUGCUGCUGUUGUUGGCCUUUUAGGAGCCGGUUAUUCAGUCAUAAUUUCAGCUCUUGCGAUAAAACAUGGCCCCAAAUGUGAGGUUAAAGCGGGCAGUGCAACAACGGGCGAUGCAACAACUGCCAGUGCAACAACGGACAAUCCAACAAAGUGGGAGUAUCCCUUCGAAGAUGGUGCCUAUGUAACUGAUUCAACCAUAUGGUCAAAAUGUACUGCUCCUGUUGGUGUGGUGCCAUGGCAUCUCUCCCUGUUCUCUGUUCUACUGGUCAUGGGUUCAAUCCAGCUGGUGCUGUGCGCUGUGCCGGUGAUAAAAGGGCUCCUAAGUGCUCUGAAUGUGGAAUGCUGUGGUCGGAAUGGUGGAAGCUGUUUCAGCAGUAAGAGAACCUGA